AACAAUCUUUAACGCGGCAUUUUAUUCACUAGUUUAUUGCAUUUUUUUUAUUUAAUCACAUAUAUAUGCUUUUAAGUCAGAUACGCAGUUGGAUGGCCAGUAAGCCGCUGGCUGCUUUGUUGUUGUGUUUCGGAACAGAAACACCGCGAAAAUAUGAACGGCAUCCAUAUGAUGAGUUAUUCAGAAAAGCCUGAAGAUAUUACGAAGGAAGAAUGGAUGGAUAAACUAAAUAAUGUGCACAUUCAGAGGGCAGAUAUGAACAGGCUCAUCAUGAACUAUCUGGUAACAGAGGGCUUUAAAGAGGCUGCAGAAAAGUUUCGUAUGGAGUCUGGAAUUGACCCGAAUGUGGAUCUGGACUCUCUGGACGAGAGGAUAAAGAUCAGGGAAAUGGUUCUUAAAGGUCAGAUCCAGGAAGCCAUUGCUCUCAUUAACAGCCUCCAUCCAGAGCUCCUUGACACCAAUCGAUACCUCUACUUUCACCUUCAGCAGCAGCACCUUAUUGAGCUGAUCCGUUUGCGGGAGACUGAGGCUGCGCUGGAGUUUGCCCAGUCACAGCUGGCUGAACAGGGGGAAGAGAGCAGAGAAUGUCUUACUGAGAUGGAGCGGACCUUGGCACUGCUUGCUUUCGACAACCCUGAGGAAUCACCAUUUGGAGACCUGCUCAACAUGAUGCAAAGACAAAAGGUAUGGAGUGAAGUGAACCAGGCUGUUUUAGACUAUGAGAACAGGGAAUCUACUCCAAAAUUAGCAAAGCUCUUAAAGCUCUUACUUUGGGCUCAGAACGAACUGGACCAGAAAAAAGUGAAAUACUCCAGAAUGACAGACAUCAGCAAGGGCACCAUUGAGGACCCCAAAUAGAGACUGUAAUCCACAUGGACACAUUUGUAAUUUUUUCUUAUUUAUAAUCAGUCAGUGACUGGAUGGCAAAUAUGUAUCUAUAUUUCUUGAUGCUUCUGUAAAAAGUAAAACGGAUAAUAAAUUACAAGUGAAAAUUUUAUCAUUUACUCACA